AUGGCAGAUUACGCUCAUCCCGAGUCUCUGGUCAGCACAGAGUGGGUUGCCGAGCACGGCGCCGAUAGCAACAUUCGGCUAGUCGAGGUAGAUGUCGACACCAAUGCGUACGAACAGGGACAUAUCGCCGGUGCCGUUGGCUGGAACUGGCAGUCCCAGUUGCAGCAGUCGGUACGUCGCGACCUGGCAUCCAAGGAGGAAAUUGAGCAGUUGCUGGGCGGCUCUGGCAUCGGAAACGAUGCCACGGUAAUUCUGUACGGAGACAACAAUAACUGGUUCGCCGCCUGGGCCUUCUGGCAGCUCAAGUAUUACGGGCACAAGGACGUCCGGAUGAUGAAUGGCGGCCGGGCCAAAUGGGAGGCAGAGGGACGGCCCCUGACCACCGAUGUUCCCAGUCCUGCGUCCACUUCUUAUACUGCAAAUGAGGGUGACCAAAGCAUCCGGGCUUAUCGUGACCAGGUGCUGUCGCUAGUCAAUUCCGGCAGCGUCUCGCUGGUGGACGUACGCUCGCCUGCCGAAUUCAGCGGCGAACUGCUGGCGCCGGCCAAUGUGCCUCAGGAGGGCUCGCAGCGCGGUGGACACAUCCCCGGUGCCGCCAACAUACCCUGGGGUCAGGCUGUGGAUGAGGACGGGACUUUCAAGUCGGCCGAUGCCCUGCGGGAUCUCUACGGUGGGAAAGGCAUUGAUGGCAAUCAGGAAACGAUCGCUUACUGCCGCAUCGGUGAGCGCUCGUCCCACACCUGGUUCGUUCUGACCCAAUUGCUGGGGAUGGGGAACGUUCGCAACUACGACGGCUCGUGGACCGAGUGGGGCAGCAUUGUCGGGGCCCCUAUCGAGAAGUAG